ACAUUCCAUUCCAUUCCAUUCUUUUCUAUUCCCUUAUGAUCAUUCCAUUUCAUUCCCUUAUGAACUCCCAAACAGAGCCUUAGUUUCAGUGUUAAAUGUUUCAGUUUGACAUGUUACUGUUUGACACUAGCAAAUUUUAGUUUUACAUUGUCGUCUUUCUUUAUUGUAUUUCAAAAAAAAAAAAAGUCAAAAGACAGAAAAGUUCCAGCAGACACUAGAGUUCAAUUACAAGUCACGCUUAUCAAGCCCCACAUAAUGAUCAGUACAGAGCACCAGCCAAAGCCCAGAUUACCAAGCCCAUGUUCAUUUCAGAUUGUUGAAAGUCCAUUCCAGUGAAUCAUGGUAAUCUCAGAAGCACCAAUAUUUGAUGGACGUCCAAAUCCAUGGACCUUCAUUAAUUGGUUAGAUGAGAUGGAUCAAUUCUUUGAUCAAAUAUGUUUGCCAGAUGCUAAUAAGGUUAGGUUUGCCAGGUUGAAAUUGAGAAGUAGAGCUAGAGACUUUUGGCGUAGUAUUGAGAAUAAUCUCAAAGGAAGGAGCAAGCUUGCCAUAACUGAUUGGAAUGAAAUCAAACAAAUACUUAGAGAGAAAUAUGUUCCCCAAUGCUAUCAAGAGAAUUAUCAACAUCAAUCCUCUCCUGGGACUUUUCUACACCAUAGAGACAGUAUUCAGCAAGGAAACACCUCAUCCUUCCAUCAAGAACUCACUGCCAUAGCUCAAGACUUAAGAAAAAUAAUGGUUUUGCUAGACUCUUCUACUCAGAAAAAGGAUGCUCAGGUUCCACCAAAGACUAAUGUUGAAAUAGAGAUACAAGUGCUAAUAGAUGAUGUUUCAACAUUCAUGCAGCAAGAAGAACCUAUUAUAGAGUCUACACAAGAAGAGAAAUUUCAACAAGUGAGCGAAGAUUUAGAGGGUGCACUUGAUGUGGAGGUUGAUUUUGAUGAAAGUGGUAUUGAGCCCUUCAUGAUCCAUAAGGUUGAGAAACAUCUACAGGUUGUUGAAGUCCAAAAGGUUGAUACUAUGAUUCAAGAUAAAAUUGUGCCUGUUCAACACAUUGAUUUUGUAUUUCCAAAGGAGUUCUAUGGUGUCAUGGAAUUGAAGGUUAUUCUACUCUCAGUGCUUCGUAGGGUGAUUUCUGAUCUGAAGGAAGUAUUAAGCACCAAGUCUUAAUUCUUCAUCACUACAAAACUUGAGGUCGAGUUUUCUUAAACCAGGGGAGUAUAAUGCAGGAGCAUAACCAAAAGUUAUUUCAAUAUUUCAUUUUAUAUUUUCAGUGGAUAAUUUCAUAUUGUAACGUAGUUAUUUGUUUAGUUUGGAUUGGUAUUUGAGUUUGGUUAGGAUUAGUAGUUUAUCAUUAUCAUUUGUUUAGGAUUAUUGGAUUAGUAUUUGAGAUUGUUUAAGAUUAUCAGAUUAGUAUUUGAAAUUUUUUAUGAUUUGUUUAGGAGAGUUUAUCCUUAUCUUUGUGAUUCCUGGAAGCUGCAUAUAAAGCUCCAGAUGAUUUCUUUCGUAGGACAGACUAUUAUUAUUAUUGAGAUUAUUUGCAGAGAUUGCAUCUUACUUGUUUGGUGGUGAUUCCAAACACCUUAGGUGAGAAGCCUAAGAUUCUUUGGUAGGACUAAUCUAGGUGGGAAGCCUAGGUUGUCCUACAUCAUUAUGUUUUUAAAUUUAGUAACACUCUUUUUCAAAGCUCUAAGUGUUAAUAAGCAGGUGAUCUAAAAAAGAUGGUAGCUCUCAUGUUAACCUCCAAACAUGACCUAGUUUGAAAAUUUUUCAUUUUAUAUAUCUCCUUUUUUUUUCUUUUUUUCAUUUUUUCUGAUAAGCCAUUUUAUAUUUCCUUCUUGUAUUAUGAAAGUGUGUCAUUUGGCCAUAUCUCCAAAGAAAUUACACUAGUUUUUUUAACAGUCAGGAGUCUUGGUAUGUUUCAAAUACGCUAAACAGAUUCAUCACCAUUGUUAUUUCAACCGGUAUAUAAAUAACAAGGAACUUCCAAAACUUCUGAACCGAAUGCAAAGAAAAAGGGAAAA